AUGGAUAUAGUGGCGAGUGAGGAUGAGGAUACAAUCGCAAUCGCACCCACACCCCCCGCAUCGGAUGGCACAAACUGGAGGGCAAACUGCAGCAGCAGCAGCAGCAGAGGCGGCAACAUCUGCAUUGGGGAACUAGUGGAGCCUGUCCGACAUUUUCGAGAAGUCGUGGAAAAAAUGGAAAACGCUCUAUUUGCGAAUGUUAAGAGGCUUUACGAUCACAAGCUCUACGAGUGCGUGAUUCCAUUGGCAAAGCUGCUUAUAACGGUGCUCAAGAAUGAUCGCAAUGUGGCCACCUUGGAGCUGGAGUACCAGGUGCAGCUCUAUCUGGUUAAUUCGCAGUACAAGGAGCGACAUCAUCGCUCGGCAUCGCGGCACUUUGUGGACCUCUUCCACCAGCGUCGUCUGAUGAACCACAGGCGCCACAAGAGCGCCGGUUUGCUGGCCAUCGAAAGUGCCUAUCCGGAGUUCGGGGAAGUGGAGCUGCGGCGCCGGCACGCCGAGUGCUAUCGCGAGAUCGGGGAUCCCGACAUGGCCCUGGGCACCCUGCUCCAGGUGCCCGUCAAGUCGCGCACUCCGCGGAUCAACCUCAUGCUGGCCAGGCUGCAGCAUCACUGCCUUGGCUUCGGCAACACCAACAAGACCAAAUCCCUGCCCGCCUACAAGGAGGUCAUACGCGAAUGCCCCAUGGCCCUGCCCGUGAUUCAGGACCUCUUGGAACUGGGCGAGGACGGCAACGAGGUCAACUCGCUGGUUAUGCACGCUGCCUCGGUGCCCGGGAACUUUGACUGGCUGAGAACGUGGAUCAAGGCUCUGGCCCAGAUGUUCGACUGCAAGCACCAGGACGCGGCGCGCACCUUCCAGAGGCUGCAGGACAACACUCUGCUGAGGUGCAACGAGCAGCUGAUGAUGGCCCUGGGCAGGUGCCUCUACUACGACGGCAGCUACGCCCAGGCGGAGCAGUUCUUUGCGGCCACGGUUAGUGCCAAUUCGGAGAAUAUCGAGGCCAUCGGUCUGCUGGCCGUCGUUCGUGGUCAGGACUCCUUUAACAGCAACAGGACGGAUAUGGAUCGCCUGUAUGCCCAGGUCACCGCGGAACCAAAGUACACGGCCGAACAUUGGUUUGUCCAUGCCCAGUCCAUGUACGAUGCUGGGAAAUUUGAGCGCGGCCUGAGUUUCGUGGGGCAGUGCUUGAACUCGGAGCCCCGUCACCAGGAGGCCCUCAUUUUGCGCGGCCGUCUGCUCAUCUCACUGGAGCGAUUUUUGGAGGCCGUGGAGGCCUUUCGCAUGGCCCAAAAGGUCGCUCCCUAUCGAUUCGAGGUCUAUCGCGGCCUGUUCCACAGCUAUUUGGCCGCCAAGCGAUUCAAGGAGGCCCAUGCCAUGUGCAACUGGGCACUGCGUAUUUUUCCGAAUUCGCCCAGGGGACUUACGAUGUUUGGUCGCACACUUUUCCACUCGCCAGAUCCGCAGAUCAAGAAGAGCGCUCGCAAGUUUGCCGAAAAGUCACUGAAAAUCGAUCCCAAUUAUACGCCGGCGGUGACCUUAAUGGCCGAUAUUUGCCAACUGGAGGGUGCGAUUCAGGCGUCCAUUAAGCUGCUGGAGGAUCACGUCUUGCUCUUCCCGCAGGCGAAUCUAUUCACCAAUCUCGCCGACAUGCUGCGCACCCAAAAGGAGCCGCUCAGGGCCCUGGAGUAUUACUACAAGGCAUUGGGUAAGAAUCCCAAAUGCGAGCGAACUUUGCGGGGCAUUAGCUUAUUGAAGAGCUCCAACUCGCUCAUCGGAGGAGGAGGAGGAACUACUGUCUUGGACGAAAGUGGACCACCACCACCCAUCAAGGUGGUGGUGAUUAGCCAGCUGACCUCCAAUGGACCACCACUGGCCGCCACCCCCUGCGGAACAGCAAAUCUGGAUAAUUGGAUGGGUGUCGAUGGUGCGGAGAACUCCCGGGAGGCAACCUCCUCGCCGGCCGCAAGAUCUGGCCAGGAUGUCGAUGGCGAUGGGGAUGGGGAUGGCUCCGUUUGGCACGAUGUCGAUGCGGAAAUGGUCAACCUGAAUUAUGACGGCCAUUAGGCGAGGUUCAGAUUUGUUAUUUCAAGAAAUUUAGAAUGAUUAUGAUAUUUAUACACAACCUCAAGUUGGAUUUAAGAUUCUAUGAAGAGUGCCAUCUAGAGUAUAUUAUUAUUUUUCCUUAA